GUUGACAAGGUGGAUAAAAACAAGAUGUACAUUCAGAUCCUGGAAGAUGACCGAAGGACAGCACUGGAGGAACAUCACGACCUGGUCAAUACUAUUUACAAUCUCCACAAAGGGCUGCGGGAUGUGGAAGAACUGCGGGACAAGUACCUGGAAGAGAAGGAGCUGUUUGAGAUGCGGUGUGUGACUCUGCAGAAGGAUUCCCAGAUGUACAGAGAUCGCAUUGAAGCAACAUUGAAACAAAUGCAGGAAGUGGCGACAGAGAGAGAUCAGGCCCUGCGGUCUCGCCAGGAUAUGCAGCGGUUACACAGCCAGGCGGUGCAGCAGAAUGAUGCCUAUCGGAAGGUGAUCCAGGAACAGGGCGAGCGAUGCGAUGAGCUGCAGUUGGAACUGUUCCAACAGGAGGAACACCUACUGACCCUUCAGGGCCAACUGAAGAGGGCCAGACCCCCCUCAGGGGGCUUGAUUCCAGAGCUCAGGGUCCAGGACAAUAAUCAGGAAUCAUCCAAUC